AUGUCCUCGGCUUCACCUUUGAGAGGGAGUCCCUCAAGUAGUACACGCAAAUCACCCGUCAUAGACCCCUCAUCACCUCACGUACACGCUGCAGAAGAACUGGAGUUAGACGAUCAAUCCUCUUUGUCAGAGGACGUAACCACACCCUCCAUAUCCUCAUUCAGAAUCAACGCGUCCUCUUCGCCCUCAUCCACCACGUCGAUGUCUAUGUCACCUGAAAAGUCCAAAUCGGUAAAUGGGGAUGAGGAGAUGGAUGAAAACACAACACCGGUCAAAUCAGGGUCAAAGAAGAAACCUGCACCUUCGAAAGUCAAAGCUGCAGCUGCAAUGUUUGAAAAUAAAUCAUCAUCAUCACCUAACUCAAUGUCAUCAUCAAGUUUUAGGUCAAUACCAGUAUCAUCUAACCGAAAUCAAAGUAAAAGUCCAAGUCCGAGUCCGAGUUCUCAAAAACUCUCACCAAGCCCAAAUACAUCAUCUCCUUAUUUGCACGAGGGCAACGAUAACAGCAACAGCAACAACAGGUCGCCCUCAAACUCCUCGCCGUCCCCAUCAUUCUCUCCUACAUCGAAACACGUUCCAUCAGAUUCACCGUCAAGCUCAAAAUGGAAAUCGAAAUCACCUGAACUCAAACUGAAUUCACCAUUCUCUACACAUGCAGUUUCUCCUUCACCUAUCAAUACACCCUCACCAUCAAAUACAAAUCUGGACAAGUUUUCUGAUGUUUCUCUAUUGAAUGACACUCCUCAAUUCGAAGAUAUAGCUCAUACACCUACGACAUCAUCAACGUCAUUCAAGCAGCAUAGGAACAUAUCAAUAUCACCUAUACCCACACCACCUCCAGUUCCAGUUAAUAUAUCACAUUCAUUGCCUGAGCCAAUAACUACACCACCUGCAAAAGAACCCACGAUACCAAGUACAGGUACAGGUAAAACGUCUUUCUUCGGAUCAACAUUAGGUUUUGGAUUUCCCUCCUCUUCUUCUUCAUCCAUGACGACGACGACGAAUAAUACAUUCAAUGACGCUGAGAAUAUAGUAGGAGGAGGAUCGGUCUCACUUGAACCAUCAAGAUCUACUUCUACUUCAGCGUCAGCGUCAACUGCUACUUCUAACAAUUCGCAAAAUCAGGUUGGAGGAGGGUGGAAAUCAACAAUGACAAACUUCCUUUCUUCCAGAUCAACUUCUUCGACCACAAAUUCACCUUUACCCUCCACUACCGAAAACGACUCAACACCAAUGAGACCGUCAAUGCCAGAACGUAAUCCAUCUGAAGGGACAUCGUUCUUACUGCAAAGAGUAGAUUCAUCCCUCGCCUCAAGAGAUAGACGUAUCUCAGCUCAAUUGGGUGGAGGUCAAGCUAUCAGAGACGGGUUCGAGAGGGUUAGAGGUCAAAUGGAAUCUGCUGCAAGAGAAAUGAGGAGAGAAAGAGAAAGCAAAGCCAUCACAGAGAACAACGAAGACGUUUUGGACGAUAGCAUAUUGGAUGAAAUCAAGGAAGAGUCAGAAGAAGAAAAAGUCGACUGGAAUUUCUGGGGCGCAGUGGUUCAAGAUUUCGAGAAUGUUGCAAGGGAAAAUCCGAAAGAACUAAGUAAAGCUAUUCAAAUGGGUAUUCCACCUGUAAUAAGAGGAGCAAUUUGGCAAUUGAUGUCAUCGUCGAAAUCUACCCCUUUGGAGGAAACAUAUAAAGCUUUGUUGAAAUUACCUUCAUCCCAUGAGAAGGCUAUAAACAAAGAUCUCAAUAGGACAUUUCCCAAUCACAAAUACUUCCAAGACUGUGGUGGUAUAGGCCAAGAAGGUCUAUUCAUGGUUGUCAAAGCUUAUAGUCUAUACGACCCAGAAGUUGGGUAUACGCAAGGUUUAGCAUUCAUAGUAGCUGCACUGCUUCUGAAUAUGCCAGAUGAGGAAGCUUUCUGUGUUCUCGUCCGUUUGAUGGACUCUUACAAUCUCAGAUCGCACUAUACUGCGGAAAUGCACGGAUUACAAUUACGCUUAUUCCAAUUCGAUCGUUUGGUAGAAGAGAUCCUACCAUUAGUGCACACCCAUUUUGUCAGACAAGGUGUCAAAAGUAGUAUAUAUGCGGCGCAAUGGUUUAUGACUUUGUUCAGCUAUCGAUUCCCCUUGUCGCUAGUCUACCGAGUGCUCGAUAUUGUCUUUGCGGAAGGUAUAGAAGCGAUCUUCCGGUUUUCGCUUGCUCUCCUCAAAAAAUCAGAGGACAAGUUACUAGAAUUAGAAUUUGAACAAAUACUAAAUUUCUUACAAUCUGAUCUAUUCGAAGUUUAUCGAGUAGAAGGGAUGUCGACAUCCGAUAUUUCCCACGAAGAAGAAGAAUGGAAGGCUAACGAGUUCGUUCGAGAUGCCUAUGAAAUCAGAAUAACACCAUUCAUGCUUGAUUCGUAUGCUUCAGAAUGGGAAGAACAACAGAAGAGUCAGAAUAGACACGCUCAAGAAGUCGAUACACUAAGAAAUGCAAAUAGGAAUUUGAGUACCCAAGUGAAACAACUUGAAGCCAGUCUAGCUACUAUGAACCAAGAACAUGUCGAACUCGUAAGGCAAUUGGUGAUGAGUAAGAUUGAGAAAGAAGAGACUGAGAAUGAGUUGGUUCGGUACAAGAUGUUAUACGCCGAACUCGCGCAUGCUCAACAAGAUGCUCUCUCGACCCACAGUAGAUUAUCGGGAGGAUCGAUACACAGUCAAAAUAUGUCUUCCAGGCCAUCCAGCUGA